CGUAGCAUUGCAAGCGAGCAAAUAACUACUGAAAGUUCCAUUUUGUAUUUCUUUUGUGCGAAAGAAAAAAAUUUAAUUUUCAAAUAAAAAAAAAACCUUAAAAAUGUCUUACAUUGCACUAGUAAACACUUGCAAUACCGCCAGCGCUUUGGCCGAGCAAACUGUCAAGAAGCCAAACUACACACCCGGCAAAGCAUUGAAGAAGGCCUACCAACUGUUGAAGCGCGUCUUCAAGCCAUCAUCAACAUCAUCAGCAACAGCAGCAGCAGCAACCGGCAAGGUAAUCAACAGCGGUGAAGAGCAAAGCAACGUCUUAGCGUUGGAAGCAGCGCCAUUGCGCCACGAAAUAGUUGAAGCAGUUGCAACAACCACCACACUCAACGUUAGCACACUCACCACUUGCUCUACACUCAGCGCCGAGGAGUACGAGAAUGAAUUGAAUGAGUUGGCAGAGUUGGAAGCCGCAAGCAAAUUGCAGAUUGCUGUGUGAUAGAUUUGUUGUUAGCUGCACCGCUGCGGCAUUGAUAUUCAUGGUUGGCUGCUUUAUCACAAUCAACCAACUGGCAAACCGCUAGUGCCUUCAAGGACCUGGUACGUCCUUAAACGUUACUGCUUUAAUUACAACGCUGAAACAGAGCUUUAAUAGUUUAUAAGCGCGCAUGUGUGUGUGUGUGUGAUGCAGUCAAACUGCCAGCGUCAAUUUCCAACGGCCCCUCAAUGGCUUUUGAGUGUGUCGCCGUUGUCUGAGAGCUUUAAUUUACAAAUAAUCAUUUGUCUUCCAGUUAGUUUUUAAGCAAAAUUAUUUUUUCAUUAUU